CGGGGAGAGCGGCGGCGCCGGGCGCGGGAAGAUGGCGGCAACGGCGGCGGCGGCGGCGGCAGAGCAGCAAAGUUCCAAUGGUCCUGUAAAGAAGUCCAUGCGUGAGAAGGCUGUCGAGAGAAGGAACGUCAAUAAGGAGCACAAUAGUAAUUUCAAAGCUGGAUACAUUCCAAUUGAUGAAGAUCGCCUCCAUAAAACAGGAUUGAGAGGGAGAAAGGGCAGUCUGGCCAUCUGUGUCAUCAUCCUCUUGUUUAUCCUGGCUGUCAUCAAUUUAAUUAUAACACUUGUUAUCUGGGCUGUGAUUCGCAUCGGACCAAAUGGCUGUGACAGCAUGGAGUUUCAUGAAAGUGGCCUGCUUCGGUUUAAGCAAGUGUCUGACAUGGGAGUUAUACAUCCUCUUUAUAAGAGCACCGUAGGAGGAAGGCGAAAUGAAAACUUGGUUAUCACUGGCAACAACCAGCCUAUUGUUUUUCAGCAAGGAACAACAAAGCUCAGUGUAGAAAAGAACAAAACUUCUAUUACAAGUGACAUUGGUAUGCAAUUUUUUGACCCGAGGACUCAGAAUAUCUUAUUCAGCACAGACUAUGAAACUCACGAGUUUCAUUUGCCAAGUGGAGUGAAAAGUUUGAACGUUCAAAAAGCAUCUACUGAAAGGAUUACCAGCAAUGCUACUAGUGACUUAAAUAUAAAAGUUGACGGGCGUGCUAUCGUGCGUGGAAAUGAAGGUGUAUUCAUUAUGGGCAAAACCAUUGAAUUUCACAUGGGUGGUAAUAUGGAGUUAAAGGCAGAAAACAGCAUCAUCCUAAAUGGAACUGUGAUGGUUAGCACAAGUCGCCUACCUAGUUCCUCCAGUGGAGACCAGUUUGGGACUGGCGACUGGGUGCGCUACAAGCUCUGUAUGUGUGCGGAUGGAACGCUCUUCAAAGUACAAGUAACAGGCCAGAACAUGGGCUGCCAGAUCUCAGACAACCCCUGUGGAAACACUCACUAGAAGAACCCGGGAAUUCACCCAUGUGUUCAUAUCUUGACUUGACUUUUUUUAAGAGUGUGCAUGCAAGUCAUGUUUUUAGAGAGCUUGCAAUAACUCUUAUUUUAUCUACAGCACUACUGUAGCUAUUAUAUAAUCUCCAUAUUUAAAAGAGCUCUCAGAGAGCCUAAAUUUUAAUACAUUUCAUUAAGUUGCACUGAUCUUCAAAUUACAGUUCUAAAGUAAUUAUCAGAAGUGAAUACAAGCAAAAUUAAUCUUUA